AUUUUGAGCCCUAGGCACCUCCCUUGCCCGCCACACUCUGGCAAUGCCUCCGCCCACUGGACGCCAGUAGCACCCUCCCAGCUGUGACAGCCAAACAAGUCUCCAGAUAGUGCCAGACAUCCCCUGGAAAACACAAGAGCCCAGGUUAAGAGCCACUGCAGUCUCACUGGAAUAACUCAGUAUAUUUCUCUUUCAGUUGUAAAAUGCCAAGAGGAACCAGCAGCAGUGUGAUGGGAUUCAUCUGAAAGGAGCCAAUCUUAAGAUGUGAUGCUUUCCUGUGAAACCUUAGACACGGGAAUCUUGGAAACCAAAGGACCGGAGGACUCUGCCAACAGAGCUGCCGUGCAUUGAGGAAAGGCAGGUUUAGGGAGACUGGCCUACUCUGAGGUCCAGACUGUAAGAGCAGAACUUCUACAAAGGACAGAGAGGCAAUGGACAAGACUGGAAACCAGGCUGAGUCCCUGGGACCCAGAGCCAAGGAAGAAUGAAGCAGAGGAUAAUCCAGCAUCUGUUCUACCUCUCUUCCUUUGCAUUGCCUUCAAAUACCACACUUCAAGCAGUAGUGACGAGACUUUUCGAUACCACGUGUAAUCCAAAGAAAUCUGUCCACGUGGGCAUCUGCCAACAGGUCACUUGAAUUUCAAAUUGGGGAGCAGCAAUGCCACCAGCAGCAAGUUCCCCACCACUGCAUCCACCUCCUGACGGAGGAUGGGGCUGGGUAGUGGUCGGAGCAGCUUUUAUCUCCAUUGGAUUUUCAUAUGCAUUUCCCAAAGCCGUGACAGUAUUCUUCAAAGAAAUUCAGCAAAUAUUCAACACUACCUACAGUGAAAUAGCAUGGAUAUCCUCCAUUAUGCUGGCUGUUAUGUAUGCAGGAGGUCCUAUAAGCAGUGUCCUGGUGAAUAACUAUGGCAGCCGGCCCGUGGUGAUGGCAGGGGGCUUGAUGUGCUGUCUGGGAAUGGUCUCAGCCUCUUUCAGUACCAACGUGGUCCAACUUUACAUCACCAUGGGAUUCAUUUGCGGUUUAGGUCUGGCCUUCAACCUGCAACCUGCCUUAACAAUCAUCGGCAAAUACUUCUACAAGAAACGGCCGACGGCGAACGGCCUGGCCAUGGCAGGAAGUCCCGUUUUCUUAAGCACGCUGGCUCCCUUCAACCAGUUCCUCUUUAAUACUUACGGCUGGAAAGGAAGCUUCUUGAUUUUGGGAGGUAUACUGUUGAAUGCCUGUGUGGCUGGGUCUCUCAUGAGACCUGUGGGACCCAAACUAACUACGAAGAAGUCUAAAAACAAGGUCAGCAUAAGAGCGACGGAUUUGGGUGAGAAGACGAGACAUAAGAAGAAAUCAACGUGGGAAACAAUUAAUAAAUAUUUAGAUUUCUCCCUUUUUAAGCACAGGGGGUUUCUCAUAUACUUAUCUGGAAAUGUCAUCAUGUUCCUGGGGUUCUUUGCCCCCAUUAUAUUCUUGGCUCCGUACGCCAAAGACAAAGGAAUUGAUGAGUAUUCCGCUGCCUUCUUGCUGUCUGUUAUGGCUUUUGUUGAUAUGUUCGCCAGACCUUCUGUAGGAUUCAUUGCCAACUCCAGAUUUAUCCGACCCCGAAUCCAGUACUUCUUCAGUUUUGCAGUGAUGUUCAACGGCGUGUGUCAUCUCUUGUGCCCGCUGGCUGACGACUACCCGAGCCUGGUGGUCUACGCUGUGUUUUUUGGCCUCGGAUUUGGGAGUGUUAGCAGUGUCCUCUUUGAGACACUCAUGGACCUGGUCGGUGCUCAGAGGUUUUCCAGCGCUGUGGGGCUCGUCACAAUUGUGGAGUGUUGCCCAGUUCUUCUUGGCCCUCCUCUUGCUGGUAAAUUGGUGGAUGAAACCGGCCAAUACAAAUAUAUGUAUAUGGUCUGUGGAGCUAUUGUGUUCACAUCCAGUGUGUGGCUGCUCAUUGGCAAUGCUAUCAACUACAGACUGCUCGCCAAGGAAAAGAGGUUGGAGGACGCACAUAAGCCUGAGUUCCAAGAAUCGAAACCCUUGAGCACAUCAAAAAGUCAUGAUGUUGAUGUCACAAGUUUCAGAAGUCCGAGAUCAGGGGUUAAUCCCUUAGAAUCUGAACCCUUGAACACUUCGAAAAAUCAUGAUACUAGCGGCGAAGAUCUGGGAUCAGAGGUUAAUCCCUCAGAAAGAGAAACUAAUAUUUAACCAGAAUUACAUCUCUGAUUUCAGGGUUUAUGACUUUCAUAGGCAUAUUUUAUUUUCAAAGUAUUGGAAGCUUUUAGUUGAAAUGAAGAGUCAUAAUUAAGGAUGGAGAUGAGAUUUUCCUUAAUGGCAAAUUUUAAAUGUUUGCUUUUUAAAACUUAUUUGGGCGGUUUAAUUUUGAGAUUAUGUAUAUAAAGAAUUCAUGCAAUGGGUUUAUUUCCAUACAUGACUCUAGUUGUGGUAGUUAAAAUAAUUUUAAAGUCUUCCAGUGACUUCCAGUCUUGGUUAUAGAGAUCUGAAUCCCAAACCCCUGGUUUAAGUAGUUGGAAGGAGUAUGUUUAAUCCUUUAAGAAUACCCUCGCCACAUUUCAUUUUUCAUUUGAUAUUAAAGUGUGAAAUGGAAUUGAAGGAAAUGAAUUGUUCCCAAACACGCUCACACACACAGACUUUCACACACUUCAGAACAAGCACACAGGGUAUCUGGAACAAAAAAAAGUUCAAAAAGAAUAUUAUCACUGUUAUUUUUUUUUUAACUUAAAAAAAAAUCCAUGGAGAAUAAAGAAUUUGCAUACUACUUUACAGUGUGGAUUUUAAAGAUAAGAACAUGGGUGAAAAUGAGGAUGAUCUUAAUUUGAAAUUGCAGCUAACUGCUGUAAAAAAAAGGCAUUUGCAUAUAUGAAAUAAAUUUGGAAAAAAAAACCCUCCAUUUUAAACCAUUAUUUCUGAGCACUGUCAGAUUUGAUUCAUGCAUGCACAUGAUUUCUUUGAAGGGGGCCAUGCAUACCUGGUGUUAGCAAAUAGAAUCCUCAAAUAAUUUGCAGUAUAAACUAAUACGUAAAUCAAAUUAAAAGCCAAAAUGACCCUAGGAAUGAGCUAUGUCCAUUGAUUUUUGACAGGAUUUUAGUAAUUCAGAAAGUAAUAAUCAGGGAUUUCUUUUCAUCAGACUCAAUCCAGUCUCACGACCAUCCUGAGACAUCAAAGUGGAAUCAACUGGAAUCCUGGUAGCCAGGCUUACAAAUGGGCAGCACCCAACAUACAGUGGUGAUCAGGGGGCUACUGUUAGGAGUAAUCCAGCUGAGUAAACGAAGAGUGGGAGCCCUCCAGGGGCUCGCGUUUCCCUCCCCACCCCAACAUGCAAAAGCAAAAGCCAGAGAUCAAAACAGGCUUUUCACUCAGCCACCUAAAACGUCUUCUAUUAUAAGAAAGGUAGCACUUGAAAAUCCCGCCCUCGGCUGAUGGCUGGUUAGGCUUCCCGCUGCCUGUGAACAUAACUAAACCGGGAGACAGAAAAGCCUGCUAGCACUGGAGGUUGUGUGUGCCUCAAGAGUUACUUGGAAAGUGCAGGUUGUAAUUUACAACUGGAUAGAAGGAAGCUUGCAAUAUUGCAACCCAGGUUAACAUUAGCAGUUUCUCAAUUUUCAUAACUGUGAAGACACUGGGAAUCUGACUUGCUCUUGAAUACAGAGGCAUAGGAUAGAUUUGUGCAUUCGGAACUAUAAAUACCAUUUUGAGUGAUAAAGGACUUUUAAAUAAGAAAAUGUACGCAUUAGAUCAAAGUUAUAUUUCCAUCUCUAAUUCUGAAGUUGAAAUGAGAUCGUGAUGAAUAAAAAAGCAUUUAGUGCUUGAUGAUUGAAGUAAUGUCAUUCUUAAGAUGUCAAAAGGAAUUCGCUCUUCUUUUUUAUUAGUAUUAUUAUUGCAGUAGAGGCAGGUGCUAUUCUUUAUUUCCUUUAAAAAUGCCCUUGGAUACCACGCUUUUGUGAGAGUUAACAUUAAGGAUUUGAUGUGUAAAAUUCUGGCGCCGUUUAAGCAUGAAGCUCACAUUUAGCGAGCUAGAUAAAAUUCCAUAUUUCAUUUAACAGUCACUUUUUUUUGCAUAGAGAGAGGUAUUUGUAUUUUUAAACUGUUAAUUAAAACAGUAUGUGCCAAUCCCAUGGGUAAAUAAAUCAGGGAAAAUGUGACAGUAUAUAGUUGUUUUUAAUUUAUUUUCAUCCAGUCUUAAGUCUAUUUUCAUAUUAUUAGCGCUUUUGUACUCAACUCUGACUUGUCAUAGGACAUGUGACAUCAUAAACUGUGUAGUAACUUUCCACUCUGAAAUAUUUCCACAGAAUGACUUGAAUUCUCAGAAGGUACCUAUUUAAAUUAUUAUAGAUAUUAGACUCCCCACUCCAGGCAAGUCAUGAUCUAGCCUGGGGUUUUAGCCCUAAGGCGACAGUCCUUUUUGUCGCCUCCUGGUGGGUGCCUUCCAGUGGCUUUCUCCUUGGAAGGAGGUUUAUUUACUUACUGAUGAGGUUCUUAUCAAGUCACAACCAAGUUGUACGUGUUCUGUUGCUCUUUGGUAACCUUUAACUUGUCAUUUCUGACACCGAUUAUGUUAAAUUGCUAAAAAAAAAAAAGAAAGGGGAGUAAAAUUGCACAUUCAAAGCUCAUGACAUGAUGUAUGUAUCCAGUCGUGCCUGGCAGCAGCACUGCACAGAGUUACAGAUAUGCACACAUCUUAACUCUCGUGCAUGAACAUUGAAAAUUAAAUCAGAACACACUUGAAAGAGUGAUGUAAACUCACACACAGGAUUCAGAAUUGUUUCAGGGUCAAAUAAGUGUGUCAAGUCGUUUACUCUCCCAAAUCCCUUGAACUUGUUAGAAUAUUUGCUCCUCCAACAGAAUCUUUCAAAGAGUGAGAAGAGACGAUCAACCUCGAACAUUUAUUAUUAUAAAGUUGCAUAAGAGGAGGAGAUACAGUUGGCUCCCGUGUCAGCAACAAUUGGUGCAGAACAUAUUUCUUCCCCUAGAGAAUGACACGGUUUAGACGUUCACGAUGUCAUGAAGCAGAGUCAGAGAGCACGAAUGAGCCCUUGUCGUCCAUUCUCUCAUGGGCUUGUGCAGGAGGAAGGCUGUCAUAAACCAGGGUACCAAAGCAGUUCAUGACCACUGGCUGGUUUAAGUAUUUUUUCAUUUCAGAUAACAAGACACCUCAUAUUUUUCACUGUUUAAUCUUAAAUAUGCCUUUACUAAUUUGUGGAUGGAAUAUGGGGCUUAGACAUACCCUGACACAUCACCAUCCUCUUUCCUGAUCCUUUUAGGAACCAAUCAGAACACAUUUAAGGGACAGUGGGUCAUACUGGUGUGCUUCAUAUGGGAAGACGAUGUUUUCUCAGUGUAAAUUCACAUUGCUUGUGAAUUUCACUUCUUUAGUAUCGAGUUCUAACCACCUUAUCUCCUGGCUCUCCCCUGGACGCUAGGUAAUAAGUGAAAUACUUUGGUUUGAUAUAUUUGAAUAUGCACUUUAAAAAUCUAGGUAUUUUUUACUUAUCCUUCUCUGGGUGUACAUGACAACUGAGGAUAUAGGAAAAAAGACCAUAAGAUGUAUGAUGCAAAUAUUUUUAUAUUGAUACAUUUUAUAUUGAUGUCAUAAAAUGCAGAGAAACACUUAAUCAGUUAGUUGAAACUUAUUUUCCGUCCAAAAUUACCUUUAAAAAAAAACAUCUUAACAUGUUGCAGGCUUUUAAUAUAACAAAUAAACAGUCAUGAUUGCUAGGCUCAGUUUAAUAGGGAAAGGAAACGAAUCUUUAUGUGUCCUGCAUUUUGCCUGCGAAGUACCUUUUAAUAUUCAAACCAAAUCAGAAGUGGAGGCUGUUGGCCUGGUGGAAUAAAUGGGUGAAACAAAACAAGGAAGUUCAGCAAAUUACCCUAAGUUAAAAGGUAGUAUGUGACAGAACACAGAACCAGAACUAAAACUCAGGUUUAUCUAAAACUAGAAAGAGCCCCUAGGGUGUUCACUGCCACGCUGUCUCCCCAUAGAAGCUAGAGAUACAAAGGUAGACAAAAUACAGAUGCAAAAAAAAUUAGACCUUAUAUGAUGAACCAAUUAGCUUUAACUGCAAUUUGUAUUAUGAUUUAUUGAGUGUUUAUUAGAGACUGUGUUUGCUAUAACCUGAAUAUGUAAUUUCAAAUUGCCUGCCUUUCUAACCAAAACAAAUUAUCCCCAACGAUGGUAACGAUUGUAUAGUAGCCAUAAUUGCUUCAUUGUGACUUUUUUUGUAAAAAUAAUGACAUUUAUAUGACUCAAGCAUAAUAUAUUUUCCCUGAAGUUGGAUUCAGAAGAAAAAUGCUAUUUUCUUUAUGGACAAGUAAUUCCCAUAUUAGUUGCUACUUAUUAUGACUCAAAAAUAAAAUGUACUUACUGUGAAACAUUAUAUUCAGAAUUAUAGUGAUUCCCACUUAUAGGUUCAACCCAAACUACCAAAAAAUUGUAAAAGGUUUAUGAGGUACAAAUAAUUUGGCUCAUCUAUACAGUAUAUAUUUAUUUUCAUCACUUACUGCAACUGUUCCUACACCGUAACUGGUUUUUCAAGUGUCCCUGAACAUUGUCAUUCUCCUUCUGUCCCGUUGUUCUAUAGCGAGAACGAGUGCAUUGCUUUUGUCCUCUCCACCUGGAUUUCUGACAUCCUUGGAAUACUGUUCUCCUUAACGCUAUCUCAGAUGGUGCACUUCCAGUGUCUUACAUCUUGCACAAAGUCACUCAUGCCGCACCUGGUCUUGUUUGUUUGAUUUGCAGGAACGGCCACGUUCCUGGGGUCGGCAGUGUCCACUUUCGGCUGUAACCACUCAUGUUCACAAAUAGGGGAACUCGUGUGACUUGAGGUUUCCGGGAUAAGGAAGGUGCUUAUGUUCUAGAUAAUGUUUCUGUUAUUAUGACUUUUCCUUAGGCAUGAUGAAUAGGUAAUUGAAUAUGACUUUUAAGAAUCUAGAAAAAUAGAUUGUUCUGUCCUUGACACUAUUCAGGAUGUUUCUAAUUUUCUUAAAGUGCCUGGAACUUUGAGAAACAAAGCUUAUCAUCACUGCAUGCCGUCAUUACAUACCGUCCUGUAGGCUCUUUCAGUGCAGAGACAUCACUGACACAUCAUACUGUUACCAAGUAGAUUCCUUACUGUAACAACUCCCAGUACCAAAGAGCAUCAAAAUUGUUGCGAUAAAAAUUGAGAUUACAAGCUUUACUUUACUCAUCUCACUUAUUUUUUAGGUUUUGAGUCCUACAUAUUUACGGGCAUAAUCUCAUGUUUGAGCAAUGCACUUAAAAGCUGAAAAGCCCCAAUUGUUGGUAAUUAUAAUGCCUGUAUAAUCAAAACACAAACUAUCUUUGUUGAUAAUUUUUUAAAAAAUCAAUAAUUUGCUGAGUUCACAUUUUUGGUAGUUCUGACUUUCUCUUCUUUGUUAUCAAAUUGUAUAUCAGGUUGUAACGCUUUACACAGUCCUAUGGUCUGGUUUUCUCAGUCUUCUGCUUUGCCUUCACUUUAUUUCACAAUUAUGUGCAGUUCACGGAAGAAUGAUCAUUGUAAUGAGAAUCAUAAUUUUAGGUCUCGACCUUAAGAGGAAAAGUAAUAUUGCAAAAAAAAUUUUAUUUUAACAGAGCAUAUGAAAAUUAUUUUAGAGCAAAUUAUUUCUCCCAUCCCAACCCAUGCUGCCUACCUUCCUCCCCUCCUUUUUUCCUAUAGUUAUUUUCAAAAAUUACUUUUCUUUCAUCUUUUUUCAUAAUGUCUUUAGCAUUUUUAUCUAAUUAUGGACUUUUUAGUAUAGCAUUUUGUCUCUUUGGUGGGUUUAAUUAUACUUCUCCUACUUGCAAUGAUCUCCAUGUUUUUCAGUCUUCAUAUAUAUUCAUUAAUAAGGAAAGUAAUGUUCAGGAGAAUUUCAGUAGGUAAGAUUCAGUGAUCAUAAAUUCAUCACCGUAUCAGCAAAUGUUUUUCUUCACAUGGUAAAGCAAGUUUUUGUUUCUUUGUUUCUUUGUUUUAAAUUCAAAUAUGGCAAAACAGCUCUAUUUGAAAACAGGUACCCAACUUUCUACUGAGACAUAAGUCAGUAAAAAGUUCUUUUAAGAUGAACAAAAGAAUGGAAUGCUGAUCUCGUAUGAAUUUCAGGGUGAAAUUUUCAGACAUAUUCUUCUGAUUAAACUUUUUUAUUCUGAGUAUUUUUGUUGUUGCUUUACUUUUAUAUGCAUCUAGAAAACAUUUUAGUCUCAGUUUGUAGAGCUUGUUCAUUAGAGUACACAUUUCUGACGUUAUUUAAUGGGCUUUAUUUUUCUGGUAGGUGCUUUCUAUGUCUAACUAAAGCAUGAAUAUUUCUGGAUUUAGUGAGAAAGGACAUGAGAACCAGAGUGUUUAUUUUCUAAGCAUUAAAUGCCAUUGUAUUUUGAUUUGUGCUGUAUUUUGGUUUUGAUACAUUUAAGUUAGUUUUGUUAGAUAUCUGUAUUUUUGAGAGAGUAAGACGAGAACAGGUGAGCACUUUGCCUAAACAUGUAUUUGUCCUGCGAGUAAAUGCAGAGUUGGAAAUAGAACCAGGUCGUUUAACUCUUAGUCUAUUUUUUCCCCAUUAACCAUCUUGUUUGUAAUGGUGAAUAUAAAGUAAAUAUAUAUCUUCCUGGAAACACAUAUUCUAACCUUACUUGAUAAGUCCUUUAUUUACAAAAUGACUGUAUUUCUCCUAAUUGAAUCAUACUUUGCAAAAUGCCAUUUAUAAAUUUAAUUUGAAGACUAUUUCCCGAUUCCUACAGCAGAUGAUUCUAAGUGAGCUGGACAAACAACUACAGGGAUGAAGGAUUUUGCACAAUGUGUGUUGCUAUAGCAGUAUGUAAGUCACUAAAAAAAACUCACCAAUUUGUUUAUAGAAUCCAUGUGUCAAUAUUUCAUUAAUUCCUUUUUUGCCUAUGUUCAUGUUUUAUUCACUUACUUGUUUUCUAAAAGCAUCAAGCCAGAGCACAGAGGGUGCACUACAAGUUUGUUAAAUUGUUAACUUGUAUCCAAGAGAUUGUUGCCGUUGGACAGUGCUGAGGAGAACAGGGCAACUGCAUUUGUUGAUUUAACAGUCUGAGGAUGACUAGGAUAAGAUCUCCAACGUAUUUCUUCUUAAAUGGUCAUUGCACCAUGGAAACAAGUUUGAAACGCCAUAGAAGAUUAUAUGAGCCCCUCUGUACCUUAAUGUCCUCACUAUAAACGUAAGAACUUUAGCUACUUCAUAGGGCGGUAAUGAACAUUAAAUCAUACACGUCAAGUGCUUACUACAGUGCUUAACACGAAAAGAAGCACAAAUAAAUGGCCAUCUGCUAGAUUAUAAACUGCAAAAAAUAAAUGGUCAUUUCACCUAGAUGACAAUAGCAAAUUUACAACAGUUAAGACUAGUUUCUGUUAUGUGAGAUCCCGUCUACUUCCAGCCCCCAUCUUCUCUAGAUAUUCUUUCUAGAUUUUUCCCUUUUGAUUUCAUUCCAGAAAAAAAAAAA